AUGCACCCCCACACAGCCCUCCUCGCCGCCCUCCUCGCAACCGGCGCAUCUGCCCACGGCGUAGUCACCCUCAUCAAGGGUGCCAACGGCGUCGACAUGCCGGGUUUGUCCGUCGCUGACGGAACCCCCCGCGACUGCUCCACCAACCGCUGCGGUUCCCAAGCCGACACCUCCAUCAUCCGCGACCGCGAGAUCCGCCGCGGCGAUGUCGGCCCCCUCGGCCGGACCCAGGGUGCGGGACCUGUCGAUGCGGCUACUGCCGUUGGUGUGUUUAUGGGGGGUGCUACUGGCGCGACUGGGAACGCUGGCAACGCUACCGCUGGUACUGGCGCAGCGGGGAACGGGACUGCGGCUGCCGACAGCACCGUGGCGACUGAGAGCAACGUCGCUGCGUCUGCUGGGCAGGGUGCGACAUCGGGAUUGCCGACUUGUGCGGAUGAUGGGACGAUUGAGUUGGUGUAUCAUCAGGUCAACCAAGACGGCGCCGGCCCCCUCGACGCCUCCAUCGACGGCACCUCAGGCGGCACCGACCCGGCCGCAUUCCAAACCGCGACCGUCACGCAAGACGUCCCCGGCCUCGGCGUGCAGGGCCUAAGCCUGGCCACCAAGAAAGACUUCACAGUCAAGGUCCAAAUGCCCCAGGGCAUGACAUGCGACGCGACGGUGGCCGGUGUCAACAACGUCUGUGUGCUCCGCGUGCGCAACGGUGCCGCGGCAGGGCCGUUCGGAGGCAGCGCGGCGUUUACGAUGAGCGCGGCGGCGCAGAAGAGGGCGGUUGAGUUCCGGAUGAGGAAGAGAGCGCUGUCUUUCAGUGCUUAG